GAUCUAUAGCACUGUCUCACUGCGUAAACAUUGACAUGUCAGGAACUGGUCAGUCUUACUGUAGGAUCUAGUAAGUCUUUGUGCAUUGUUCAGUCCUUUUCCCACGGGGCCCCCUCCCACCCUAACCAUUCAAAAGAAAAUAGAGUUUCUUUUAAUUUUGGAAAAGGGGCGUAAAAAGUGAUCGUACCUAUGGGAAAUAAAAUUUGAAAUCACAGCGCGGGGAGAGGGUAAAUGAAAAUCCUUUAAGCAUGUUUACUGAUGUCAGAAUCUAAAGAAACUUCUAGACAGGGGGAGAGAGAGUGAGAACCCCUUUUAAGAGUUGUCAUAUUUGUGAGAGCCUGGGGAAGCUAACUUUAUUUGGUUUGGAGCUUGGCUGCAUCCCCCAGGCUGCGGUCUUGAUAGUAUUCACAUACGAGCAGGAUCAGUUAUCCUGAACCAGCUGAUGUCAGCUCUUCUGAAACGCACCAAACUCGCUCGUUAAAUAACCUGGCCCUGGAUUUCAGUAACUUGAAGUUCCCAACUUGCACGUUAUUGUUGAACGACAACAACAACAAAAUCCUGGAUGGUGAGGAGGGGGAGGGAAGAAGUCGGAGAGUGUUGCAACCGGUGGACUGGUCUCUGCUGAGCCUCAUAAGAUUUCCAUUUCGUGCUUUGAAAGUGUGAAAGCCAGGACUGAAGAUUUCGAACCUGAUAUCUGCUGUUGUUUUGAAAGUGAAGCUGCCAAGAAAUGUCGGACACACAUGUUGUGUGCAUUAGUAGUAGGUGAGUGCCAGCCUGCCAACUCCAUGGUCCCUGGGCAGCGAGGAUGAGCUGAUGGUAUAUGAUGGAGCUGAAAGUAUGGGUGGAUGGAGUCCAGCGUAUUGUGUGUGGAGUGACAGAGGUCACAACCUGCCAGGAGGUGGUCAUUGCCCUGGCUCAAGCCAUAGGAAGAACUGGCCGCUACACACUCAUUGAGAAAUGGAGGGAGACAGAACGACACCUAGCGCCGCAUGAGAAUCCGCUCGCAGCCCUGAAUAAAUGGGGCCAGUAUGCCAGUGAUGUGCAGCUGAUAUUACGACGAACUGGCCCUUCGUUGAGCGAGAGACCCACAUCAGACAGCUCCGGCCGAGGACCUGAGAGGACUCUGUACCGACAAAGCCUUCCCCCACUAGCUAAGCUGAGACCACAAUAUGAUGGAUCAUUAAAAAGGAAAGAACCAAAAAGGAAGUCAUUGACUUUCACAGCAGGCCCGAAAGGGUUUGUUGACGUUUUUGGAAAGGUCAAGGAAUCGGAAGUCAAGCACCAAACUCUCAACUUCAGAGCCCCAGUCAAAGAGCUAAAGAAGCUGGUUCUCUUCCAAAAGGACAAGCUCCACACUCUUCAGAGCCAGCUGGAAUCCAAUCAGGUGGAGAUCAGGUACUGGGAGGGCAAGGCAAACCCCAGGAUUGACGAGGAGAUUCUGAGACUGGGCCAAAGGAUCAAAAAGAAUGAAAUUGAGAUCGAAGAGGAGGAGUUCUGGGAGAAUGAGUGGCAGAUUGAACAGGAAAACGAAAGCCAGCUGAAGGAGCAGCUGAAAGAGGUGAAGCAGAGGAUCAGGGACUGUGAGGACAAGCUGAAGGACUACACACGGAAAAUCCAGGAGAUGGAGAGCGGCAUUGAGGCGGAGAAGCUGCAGCAGGAGCUGCGCGGGGCUCAUAUCAAUGAGGAUGAGGUCACAGGGAACUUGAUCAAAAUCCGAAAUGAUAUUGAGCUCAAGUGCCAACAGAGUGCGAGGCUGAAGAACAGCCUGAGAGCUGUGGAAAGGACUUUGGGCCAAGCCAACAAAAAGUUUCAGGAGAGAGAACUAGAGCUGGAGCAACUGACCAAGGAGCUAAGGCAAGUGAACCUCCAACAGUUCAUCCAACAGACGGGGACUAAGGUCUCAGUACUUCCUGCUGAACCAACUGAUGACGAACUGCCUGCAUCCCAAGAGAAAGCGUCAGUGACCCCUGCUGCAUCACCGAAAGGGCCAAGCCCAGCAAGGCAGCUUCCCAGCAACUUGAGACUUCUGCAGAACCCUCUGAUUUCAGGCUUUAACCCAGAGGGUAUCUAUGUAUAACUAGAUAAUGCCUCCCGCUGGCGAAACCAUCUAGAGUGGCUCAAAGGGAUCUUUCUCCCCAUUGCUUUUUGCAAGAGUGUGAUCGAUACGCACUUUGUGCAAUGAGUCUGUCCAUCCUGUGUGCCUUUUACAGUAGCUGCCUCUACCCCAAAGGACAGGAGUCACAUAACCGCUGAGCUGCUGAUGCUGUUGGAGGGUAGGGAGAGACAUUGGCGAGUGCAGUGGUCGCUGGACAAAGGGCAAGAACAUCUGUGCAAAAUGGGCUGCCUUCCAGGGGCAUGUUGGUUCAGUUUUUGCUUCAGCCUUGCAAUAUAUCAAAAGAGGUUAGGGUGGAGAGUCAGGAACAUCAUGCAAGGCACACUGCUGGAUCGGUGAAUCCACCUGAAGUUUGUUUAAAACUCUUUCGGUCUCUCCACCUCGUGAGGAAGUCGCCUAGAAUUAAAAGCUUAAAAAUUCCUGUCUGUAUUCACAAACUGGACCUGACUUCUUUCUCGCUGAGUUCCCUGAGUGUGCGUUACAGAACAAACAUUACUGUGAUGGUGUCUGGGAUGCUUUUAAAAUCAAGCUUCCUUCGUGUGUAGUUGAUUGGUACUGUGAAACAGCGAGCGAACUGUGUUUCUAAAGAAUGAAGUUCAAAAAUGGAAAUUGAACCUGAGUUCCAAAAUACCAAGCAUCUAAUCUGCUCCACAACAUCUAAAAAAAUUGCUGGGUUUUUGAAUCUAAAGUUGUUGGGGUUUGGAAUGCGAGGCUUGCGUUCUGCAUCAUUACCUCCUGAGAUUUCCUAACGACGACUGAUUUCUAGACUUCUGCUGUGAUUGUUCUAACACAUUUUGCCACUUCUGCCACGACCAGCCCUCAGGAGAAGGUCUGUCUGCAGACAAUGGAAAUUAGCUUGUGUCAAAAUCUCUGCUGCGAACUCUCAGCAAGCAAGCUAGCGCAUUAAAGCCGUUGGUUGGAAGCUCAGCUUGUAAUGUUUGCAAAGUUCAGUAAACCAGUCAGGUGGCCCACAGGCCAUGCUUAUUAACAAACAUUGACACACACAACGAAAAGAAAUGUAUAUUUGAUGUAUUUCAGUGAAUCUCAAGCAGAUUGGGGCUCCGUAACUUGGGGAUUUGGUGAGGCAAAUGAGAUUUGCCUGAUUCCAGCUGUACAAUGUAUAACAAACAAAAUGUUAAGAUGGUAUUUUUGGCUACUCUUCGGUAGAUAUUGGUAUGUACAAUUAAUAUAAGAAGCUGUUUAAUGAUGUUGCCUUUAUAUUAUGCAAAGUGAUCAAGAUGGAUAAAUGCACAGACUGAACACGUGAGCUUCUUUCACUGUUUGGAACGACAAUGCCUUGGCUGUCAAAACAAUCAUUUCUGUAAAUCCUAUUUAUUAUGUACUGUUACUCUGAAUUAUUCGAAAGGCUGAUGUCACACUCUAUAGUCUCAAUAGCAAGCAUGCAAUUCGUGCUAAAUCAAUGCAAAGUGUUAAUAUUUCAGUAUUAUGAAGUGCAAUGAAAUGUACUGUAAAAUGAUUUUUAUCACAUUAAGUUGUAACAUUUUACGUUUCAAGCUGCCUCAUGCUGAUAUUCUGCUAAUGUGAAAGGCAGAGAAGAAUAAAGUUCAUGCCGAUCGGUU